AGUCUAAGUCUAAUCUAGUAUACAGGCCCUCUAGAUACAGCAUCUUGGGCAGCAGACUACACUUUUCUCUGCAAAUAACUAAAGAGCAGUUCAUGAAAUCUCACUCAAUGGCCAACCAAGGUCAUCUCCCUCUCUAUGAAAAAUUUUGGCUCAAGCGCACAUAUCAGAGACUAAUGGACACCUUGAUUUUACUCCUCCUCCUCUUGCUUCUCGCUCACCGUGUCUUCUCUAUUAUUAACAACAACAACAACAACUUCACUCUCCCACUGUUCCUUGCUUUCUUAUGUGAAUCUUGGUUCACCUUAACUUGGAUUAUCAUUCUCAACACCAAAUGGAGUCCUGCAGUCACCAAAACUCACUUAGACCGUCUCCAUCAACAGGUACAUGAGCUUCCACCAGUGGAUUUGUAUGUGACAACAGCAGAUCCUGUACUUGAACCACCACUCAUCACUAUGAACACUGUGCUUUCUCUUUUGGCACUUGAUUAUCCAGCUAACAAGCUAGCUUGCUAUGUUUCUGAUGAUGGGUGUUCUCCUCUGACCUUCUAUGCUCUUGUGGAAGCCUCUGAAUUUGCUAAGCGUUGGGUACCUUUCUGUAAGAAGCACAACAUACAAGUUAGAGCACCUUUCAAAUACUUUUAUGAGUCCACUACCAAAAGUGAAGAUUCACCAGAAUUCAAACAAGAAUGGCUGCGGAUGAAGGAUAUGUAUGACAAUCUUAGCCAAAAAAUUGAAGAUGUGACCCGAAACCCAAUUUCAUUCAAACUUGACGGAGAAUAUGCAGUUUUCUCAAAUACAGAGAGAAGAAAUCAUCCAAGCAUAAUUAAGGUUAUAGUGGAGAACACCGAUGGAUUGCCCCACUUAGUUUAUGUAUCCAGAGAGAAAAGGCCAGAGUAUCCACAUGAUUACAAAGCCGGAGCUAUGAAUGUUUUGCUCAGAGUGUCUGGGUUGAUGACCAACGCUCCCUAUAUGUUGAACGUGGACUGUGACAUGGUUGUGAACAAUCCCAAGAUUGUUCAACAUGCCAUGUGCAUUUUGAUGGAUGCUAAGAAUGGAAAAGAUGUUGCUUUUGUUCAAUGUUUUCAACAGUUCUACGAUGGAAUCAAAGAUGAUCCUUUCGGAAACCAGUGGGUGGCUACAUAUGAGUACAUAAUAAGGGGCAUAGCAGGACUUCAAGGACCUUUUUAUGCUGGAACAAACACCUUUCAUAGAAGAAGUGCCAUUUAUGGUCUUUAUCCUGAUCAAAUCCAAAAUGGGGGAAAAGGAAAACUAGUAGAAAAGACAUUAAUACAACAAUUUGGAAGUUCAAAAGAGUUUGUCAAAUCAGCAGCUCAUGCUUUAGAAGGGACUAAUUUUGAUAUCAGUAGUCCUUCCAACUUAGUUGAGGCAGCAAUCCAAGUCUCUGAUUGUGGAUAUGAAUAUGGCACUUGCUGGGGUAAAAAGAUGGGGUGGUUAUAUGGAUCAAUCUCAGAAGACGUACCUACGGGGUUGAACAUGCAAAGAAAAGGUUGGAGAUCAGAGUGUUGCACCCCAGAUCCAAUUGCCUUUAAAGGUUGUGCUCCUGGAGGAUUACUCACAACAAUGAUCCAACAAAAGAGAUGGGCCUCAGGCCUCACUGUUGUCUUUUAUGGCAAGCAUUCUCCAGUUAUGGGCACCCUCUUCGGUAAGAUCCCACUCAGGGCAUGCCUGUCCUAUUGUUGGAUCACCACCUGGGGCUCCAGAUCCAUCUUUCAAGUUUGCUAUGCUGCACUCAUUGCAUUUUGCCUCAUUACCAACACCACCAUCUUCCCCAAGGGACUUGGGCUAUGGAUUCCUGUUACUCUUUUUGUGAUCUACAACAUACAAACUCUAAUAGAGUAUCGAUUAAUCGGGUUGUCUCUCCGACAUUGGUGGAACAACCAGAGAAUGAGCAUAAUCAGAACCUCAACUGCAUUUUUUAUCGGAUUUUUGAGUGCCAUGAUUAAGCUCUCGGGGAUAUCUGAUACGGUCUUUGAAAUAACACAGAAGGAAACUACAACUUUUGGUUCUGAUGAUGGAGAUGAUGUAGAUGCAGGUAGGUUCACCUUUGACGAGUCUCCGGUUUUUAUGGCAGGCACAACGUUUCUGCUGGUGCAAUUGACAGCUCUUGUGAUUAAGUUUUUUGGGUUGAAUCCUCAAGCACAAGCUCAUAGUGGCAAUGAAUGUGGACCUGGGGAGUUGAUUGCUAAUGUGUAUUUGGUAGUGUGCUAUUGGCCUUAUUUGAAAGGAUUGUUUGGCAGAGGAAAGUUUGGGAUUCCCUUCUCCACAAUGUGCAAGUCAGCAGUGCUAGCAAUUGCUUUUGUGCACUUCUGUAGAUGUACUGUUAUUGGUUGAGACUUGAUAUCAUUAUAUUAAAUUUCUGGCUUAAAUAAAUUUGGGUCCAUGUAAA